GGCUCUCAAACACACCGGAGUCCUAGAGCCGGGGUCCAGACGGGACAGACGCAGUAUGGCGGCCAAGCAAGUCUGCAUCAUCGGCUCUGGCAACUGGGGUUCUGCUAUUGCCAAGGUAGUGGGCGCCAAUGCAACAAAAUACAGCACGUUUGAAAACACUGUGAACAUGUGGGUGUUCGAGGAGAUGGUCAAUGGGCGCAAACUCAGUGAAAUCAUCAACACCGAACACGAGAAUGUAAAAUACUUGCCUGGACACAAGCUGCCACCCAACGUGGUGGCGGUUCCGGAUCUGUUGGACGCAGUAAAGGGUGCAGAUAUCCUCAUUUUCGUUAUCCCUCACCAAUUUGUGUCCCGAAUCUGUGACACCAUUAAGGGGCACAUCAAAAUGGACGCUUUGGGAAUGUCCCUCAUUAAGGGUGUGGAUGAGGGUCCUGAUGGACUGAAACUGAUCUCUGAUGUCAUUAGGGAAAAACUCGGCAUCACCAUGACUGUGCUGAUGGGAGCCAAUCUGGCCAAUGAGGUCGCCGAUGAGAAAUUCUGUGAAACUACAAUUGGGUGUAAAAGCAAAGCUCACGGUCCCUUGUUGAAGGAACUGAUGCAAACACAAAACUUCCGUGUGACGGUGGUGGAAGAGGCUGACGUUGUGGAGAUCUGUGGGGCGUUAAAGAACAUUGUUGCAGUGGCCGCUGGUUUCUGUGACGGUCUGGACUAUGGUGAAAACACCAAGGCCGCUGUGAUCCGUCUAGGUUUGAUGGAGAUGAUCGCCUUCACUCGGAUAUUCUGCACAGCCAGUCCGGUUUCUCUUGCCACAUUUCUGGAGAGCUGCGGCGUCGCCGACCUCAUCGCCACCUGCUACAGAGGACGCAACCGCAAAAUCGCAGAAGCGUUCACUAGAACGGGGAAGUCUAUCGAGGAGCUUGAGAAGGAACUGUUGAACGGCCAGAAACUUCAAGGUCCGACAACUGCAACAGAAGUCCAUCAGAUCCUCAAACACAAAAACCAGCUGGAAAGGUUCCCUCUGUUUAAUGCAGUUUAUCAGAUCUGUUACCAUGGUCAACCUGUCAACGAGUUCACCUCCUGCCUACAGAACCAUCCAGAACACAUCUAAACAUCAUUAUAGUUGUGUUUUCAUUAACACAGUUUGAAAGGUUUGUCUAAAUGUUGUAAAUUAACAGUACAUAAGAUUUAUUUAGGAUCAAAUGCAUUACAAAGGAAUCUUGUCUUGUAUUAAAGUCUUAUUAUUAAAGUUGUCUUGUAUUAAAGUAUUUUUAACAUUUGCUAUUCUGUAGUUUUCAGCCAAUGACGAAGUGCCUUAAAGUUGAGCCCUCAAAAGCAUUUACUUUCUGGAAAACAAAGUUUCUUUGUUGAUGUGCCAUACAAAUAGAUUUUGUUCUGAAAGUUUGUUUGUGAAAUCAUUAGUUACUGUAGAAAUGACCGAAGACAACGUUAACAUUUGAGUCUCUGUAUAUUGAUAUUUCUCUCUAACACACAGAUGGAAUGUGACCUUUACUUUCCAAAACUUUCCGACACAUGUUGACCUUUAACAUUUCAGGGCUUCAUCCUUCAACCUUUUCUUGAGAGCAAGCAGCUCCUUACAUAACACAGAAUGGAGCAUUUCAAUUGCUAAUGUUUGCAAACUGCACUGCAGAACAGAUCUUAUAUGUAAGUUAAAUAUUAAAGGAAAUUGUCCGUU